UAGUAUUAUUAUGUUUUAGUUUUUAUUUUACAUAUAAUGCAUCAUCAAUCUGUGAACUUUAAAAUAUUCAGAAAGUAAAACAGAAACAGGCAAAUGUAAAUGUUUAGAGGGACUUCCAUUAUAAACGAUUAUGGCUCAAAUAUUGGCUGUCAUUAUCCUCCUGUCACAGCUACAUAUAAGUUUCUCUCAAAGUCUGGAUACGAGAAUCGGCGAUGAUAAAUGUGCACAGGGUGGAUUGGAAGAUUCUCUGCUGUCAUUAAAAAUGUAUAUAGACUUCCAACUACAAGAGUUGGAACAAAAAGUGAAAAAAGAAAACAUAGAGAGAUUGCAAAAUCUUCAAACACAGAUAAACACCUUAAAAGAUUGUCCGAAAGGAUGGGACAAGCAUGGGGCUUCGUGCUACAUGCUAAAUACACAGAAGUUAUCAUGGGAACAGGCAAAUGUUAAAUGUCGUGGAUUGUCAGCCAAGUUGGUUGAAAUAGACACAAUGCCCGAGAACAUCUUCGUAGCAAACAUCUUAAAAAGUAAAGAACCUAGUGGCCGUGCUUGGUUGGAUGGUACGGACAAAACACAAGAAAACACCUGGAUUUGGAAUCACUCGGGGUUACCAUUGCGAUUCACAAACUGGAACAAGGGGGAACCUAACGACGACAAAGGAAACGAAGAUUGCAUGGAAAUACUUUCCCGAAAUGGCAUGUGGAAUGAUAUGCCGUGUUCUUAUUCGUCUAUGUUUGUCUGUGAAAAAGAAAUUUAAUGUACGAAAUAUCUCUAAUGGGGGAAAGAAAAGGACACUUAACAUUUAAAAUUUUUCUUUGAAAAGUAAUGUCUCGACAUGAUUUUGUGAAGAAAAUGGAUAUUAAUGAUUUAAUAAUCAAGAAUAUGUUUGAUUUUUAAUGUUUACUUUAAAAACUAACAUACCUCCUUAUUUUUUCACUCAACACGAAAAUGGUACAAACAGGAGGUAUACAACUGUGAGAUGACAAGGAAUUUCUUCAAUUUCACGAGAAUUUUUUUAACUUAAAAAGCGAUUGGUACCGCUUAUCCAAUAACUGUGCCUGCAUGUCUGUAAAAGAUUAAUAUUUUCUGAUAACUUCUUUUCAAAUUUAUGUUUAUAUUUUCCACAAAAUAAUCGUAAUCUUUAAAAUAGAAAAUCUUUAACAAAAAUUGUCUACGACUUUCCAUUAAUCUGAACAAUUG